AGCAAAACUUCGUCUGCCGUCUGCCACUCCAGUCAUCCUGCCACCGCAUAAAGGCCGCCCCCGCUGAUAAAAUGUCAUUUUUGCUAGCAAUUUUUACGUGUCUUCUAUUGUGUGGAGCCCGUGGACAUGACGACGAAGAGUCCAAGGCUGUCAAGUAUUCAGGCGACUCAUUUAACUUGGGUCUUGCUACCAAUAAUCACUUUGUAAUGUUCUAUGCACCAUGGUGUGGUCACUGCACCCGCCUGUCACCAACCUGGGAAAAGUUGGCUGAGGAUUACAAUGAUGCAUCUACCGAAACUGAUGUUAUCAUAGCCAAAGUUGAUUGCACUGCUGAAACAGCUUUGUGCUCAGAGCAUGAUGUUACAGGGUACCCUACACUAAAGUUCUUUAAGGCUGGACAUGACGAAGGAACAAAGUACCGUGGAGGACGUGAUUAUGAAGCACUAAAAUCUUACAUCAGUGAACAGUUGGGUAAAGCUGCUCAGGAACCAGCUGAAACGCAAGAGGAACCAAAAGUCCCAGCACCAGUUAGUGGACUUGUUGAAUUAACUGAAGAAACAUUUGACAAUUACGUUGCUACUGGUAAUCACUUUAUUAAGUUCUAUGCUCCAUGGUGUGGCUAUUGCAAGAAAUUGGUACCAACUUGGGAAAAACUUGCUGAAUCCCUCCAUUUCUCUACUAAUGUGAGAGUAUCACAAGUGGAUUGCACUGAGCACAAAGAUGUCUGCCAGCGCUUUGAAGUGAAGGGUUACCCCACACUUCUGUGGAUUGUAGAUGGACAAAAGGUGGAGAAGUACUCUGGUGAUCGUUCUAUUGAAGAUCUCAAAUCUUAUGUUAGUCGUCAACUGGGAGUUGACCUUGUUGAGGCUCCAGAGGAAAUCCCAUCAAUAUCAAACCCAGUUGUCCAGCUCUCACGUGAAAACUUUGAACAUGUUGUUGAGAAAGGAAUGACAUUUGUUAAGUUCUUUGCCCCAUGGUGUGGACAUUGCAAGAGAAUGUCACCUACAUGGGAUGAGCUUGGAAGCAAGUUCUUAGGCAGUGGUCAAGUCACUAUUGGAAAAGUUGACUGCACCCUUGACAUCAAUAAAGAUCUUUGUAAACAGCAGGAGGUCAGAGGCUACCCAUCAAUUUAUUUGUACAAAGAUGGUGAACGAGUUGACAGCUAUGAAGGAAAUCGUCAGUUAGAAGACAUGUACUUGUUUGUACUAAAGCACCUUCAACAAAAGGAUGAACUGUAAAUGUUCUUUGAAUAGCAAUAUGAUCAAGAAAAAAGAAAACUUGUUUAGAUCAAGAGUCUGGGUUUGACUGCAUUUGAGCAUUUGUUAUAACAUGUAUGUGGAUUACAUCAAUUAAUCAAAAGUUCUAUUUUUGGAACUUUAUAGAAACCUCUUGUAUUAUACAUCUGAUUGAAGAUGACCCAACAGAUUAAUUCACUCAUAAAUACAUUUCACUAUAUAUUUCAAUUUCUACUCUAGUCUCACCUUGCAAACUGGACUUGAUUAUCUGCCAUGAUGUACUGUAAUUACUAUGUAGGGUAUAUUUGUGCAUUAAUUUGUUCUGUGAUAUAUUUUUUUUAAAUAUUUGGACUCCCUGUGGUGUGUAUGUACACAUCACAAAUUUAUGAUGUCUUUUCCUAUUUUCUAAAUUUAUGUCCCAUCUUAUGUUUUCAGACCAUUUUAUCACCUAGGUAAGUUUUAGUAGAUUUAUUCCAUAGCCUGUUCAUUCAUCUCAUAAAUUCAUACCCAUUCACUUAUUUUUUUUUGCAAAUGUGCUUAUCUGUCUCUUUGUCAACCAAAAACUUUGUCUCUUAUCUGUGAUCUGUUCUAAUACAGUGCUCCAUUGUAAAUGGGUCUAGAAGUACGAAUUGAAUUUCUCCUGGCCACUAUUCAAUGUUCAUCUAAAGCUUCAGCUAAAGUAAAACUGCAUAAACAACAUUCACCCAAGCUUGUUGGUCCAUCCUGUGCCAAAUCUUGCUCAAUCUUCUUGCUUAAAUCAUGUCAUUCUUUUGCAUAACAGGUUUAUUUCUUACUCAACCUAAGUUGAUGUAUAGUACUUACUUCCAUGCUAUCAUGCAGAUCUAGUUGCUUGUGAUGCUUAUGCAAAGCCCACAGAGCCAUCUUCCAUCACUUCUGCAGUCCAUUUGUUGCGGAAUGCAGGAAAUGUGUCUUCCCUACUAACAAUUUUAAAGGAAUAAUGGCACAUGAUAUGAGUUAAAUAUUGAUUCUUAAAGCAAAUGCACUGUUGAAAAAGUACUAGGAUUGAAGGGCCGAUUUUUCUUUCCAUGAAGCAUUACAUAAAAAUGUCCCUUAAUCUUGUAAAAUAUGUGUUUUCCUUUUUUAUAAAAAAAAAUUAUGUCCUCAAAUAAAUGUGUUGACUAUGGCAAAA